AUGGCAUCACUCGCGGAACACAUCGCCCAAUUUGAGACGCUGCGCGCUCAGGCCGAACCUCUGCCCACGGACAGCGCCGCCUACACCACAUCGGCAUUUUUCAAGUCCAAGAAUGCUGGACAGGGCAAAUCGAGAUCAAAGCCAUGGAAUCAUCGUCUCAGUCUAGACAGCCGCUCUCAGGGAUCAUCGCCUCUCAAGGCAGCCAACCGCGGCAAGAACAUGGACAUGAUUACAUUAGGCACUGCGCGUCCGUCGCCACAGUUUUACCCGUACGAGUCUCUCACGGUCAACGUCGUUGAUGACGCUUCGGCCAAGGAAAACAAGCCCACAACCGCCAUUACCUGCUCCAAGGGCGAGAGCGCCUACAACUUGGCGGCUGCUCUCAACUAUGGCUUCCCCGCCGGAUCGCCGCAGUCAGUGCGCUUCAUUACAGAGCACGUCGAAAUGAUUCACAACCCACCGUACGAGGACUGGAAGACGAGUCUGACUUGCGGAACCACAUCUGGCCUUGAAAUGGUCUUUCGCAUUUUUUGCAACCCAGGCGACAAUAUCCUGGUUGAGAAGUACUCGUACACGGGCACAAUUGUAGGGGCCCGCGCGCAGAGAAUCAACACGGUGCCUAUUGGCAUGGACGACUUUGGCUUAUCUGCCAAGGAGCUGGACAGCACGCUGGAGAAUUGGGAUGCCUCCAAGGCCCACAAACCAUACGUUUUGUACACGAUCCCUACCGGUCAAAACCCAACUAGUGUUUCUCAGAGCGUCAAACGCCGCAAGGAGAUCUACAAGGUUGCCGAGAAGCAUGAUCUCAUCAUUGUGGAAGAUGACCCUUACUUCUUCCUCCAAAUGGGUAGAUCCACCAAGCACGAGUCUGGUAGCAAGGAAGCCCUUCAAGAGUACGUGGAAAGACUUCCCCCAUCAUACCUCUCUCUGGAUGUGUCGGGCCGUGUGGUCCGCUUAGAUUCUACCUCGAAGAUUCUUUCGCCGGGAAUGCGCCUCGGCUGGCUUACUGCGUGCACUCAAAUCGUUGAUCUAUUCGAGGCCUACUCUGAAGUCAGCGUCAUGUCACCUAGUGGUCCUUCGCAAGUCAUGAUGUAUAAGCUCCUCGAUCAGACUUGGGGCCACACUGGCUUUGUCCGAUGGCUGGCGCACCUAUCCGACGUCUACACUAACCGUUUAAAUAUGAUGCUCGAGGCAUGUGAGAAACAUUUGCCUAAGAACAUUUGUAGUUGGAAGGUGCCUACCUCGGGCAUGUUUUUAUGGAUUAGUGUGGACGUCACCAAGCACCCCAAAGCUUCGGGCGGCGAGCCUACCACCGAGUUCCAGAUGGAGGUUGAGGGCGCUCUGUACGAGAGGUCGAGAGACAACGGCGUCUUGAUCAGCAGAGGAAGUUGGUUCCUCGCCGACCCCAAGCAGGUUAGCGAGGCUGCCCUUCGCGUCACAUUUGCUGCUGCUACAGAGCCGGAGCUAGUGCCUGGUAUUGAGCGCCUGAGCAAGGCUGUGCGCGAAGAAUUUGGGUUUUAA